ACCAUGGAAAGAGUCAUUCCUCUCUCUCGCUCUCUCAAGCUCUCUGCAUCUUAGCGCUCAUCCGCCGCUGCCUGCGCUCAUCUCGAUCGCACUGUCUCUCGCCCCCCCUUUACCUCUCUCUCUCUCCCACUCCCCUCUCUCGAUCUCUCAUAUACACACAGACACACACAUACACCCACAACCAUAGAAACAGACACAAACACUCUUCAACUCUCUUGCGCACACACUCUCGAACACAGUCAGAUACAGCAUACCUGUGCAGGCUGGGGGAAGCAGUUCUGGAGGGGCUUUUCACCGUUCUUUCUGAGGGUGCUCUGCUGUCAUUUUGGGGGAGAAGCGGGUCUCAAUUGUUUCCUAUUUCCUCUUCCUCUUCUCAUUCCUGGAAUGCUAAAACUGGACUGAUGGACAUUUCAGAACUUUGUCUGCCAGACCCUCUCAGCUAUCAUAACCAAUGCUAUCGCAGGGUACAGGUAGUGGCGGGUAACCAAAGCAGUCCUGCACAGACACCAUCCAGAUGGGAUCAGCUUACGGUAAUUUGGUUUCAGAAUACAUUACCAGAAGAGGCUCCUGGCCGAGAACGGCCACCCCGCUAAGAGCUAGGAGUCUGUGGUCGCUGUGGCCACUGCAGACAGCCAGCUCCAGCCGGCCCAGGGCUUCGUUGUCCAAUUCAUUAGGGCGAUUACUCAGUCCACUGGCCACACUGGAGCCCUCACAUUUCUGGCUGCUGAAUAGAAUGGCUGUUGAUGACCGGCACCUUCCCUCCAGCUGCGGGUCCUACAUCAAGACGGAGCCGUCCAGCCCCUCCUCAGUCAUCGACACGGUCAGCCACCACAGCCCAAGCGGCAACUCGGACGCCAGCGGCGGCUAUGUCAGUGCCAUGAACAGCCACUCCAACGGCCUGGACUCUCCGCCCAUGUUUACGCCCGGCGGGCUGGGCGCCGGCCCCUGCCGCAAGCGCUACGACGACUGCUCCAGCACCAUCAUGGAGGACUCACCCAUUAAGUGUGAAUACAUGUUGAACUCCAUCCCCAAGAGGCUGUGCCUGGUCUGUGGAGAUAUAGCCUCUGGGUAUCACUAUGGCGUGGCCUCCUGUGAGGCCUGCAAAGCCUUCUUUAAAAGGACAAUACAAGGCAACAUAGAAUACAGCUGUCCCGCCACAAACGAGUGUGAGAUCACAAAACGGAGACGCAAGUCAUGUCAAGCCUGCCGCUUUAUGAAGUGUCUCAAAGUGGGGAUGCUCAAGGAAGGUGUGCGUCUGGACCGCGUGCGAGGUGGGAGACAGAAGUACAAGAGGAGGAUGGAUGCAGAGAACACAGCGUACCUGGGCCUCACCCUCCCCCCUCCUGCCAAAAAACCCCUCACAAAGAUAGUGUCCCACCUGCUGGUGGCCGAGCCAGAGAAGAUCUACGCCAUGCCUGACCCCACCAUGCCUGAGAGUGACAUCAAGGCCCUCACCACGCUGUGUGACCUGGCUGACCGGGAGCUGGUUGUCAUCAUUGGCUGGGCAAAGCAUAUCCCAGGCUUCUCCACGCUGUCGCUGGGAGACCAGAUGAGUCUACUGCAGAGCGCCUGGAUGGAGAUCCUGAUCCUUAGCAUUGUGUUCCGCUCGCUGCCCUACGAGGACGAGCUGGUGUAUGCAGAGGACUACAUCAUGGACGAAGAGCACUCGCGGCUCACGGGCCUGCUCGACCUCUACGUGUCCAUCCUGCAGCUCGUACGCAAGUACAAGAAGCUGAAGGUGGAGAAGGAGGAGUUUGUCACCCUCAAGGCCAUCGCUCUCGCCAACUCAGACUCCAUGCAUAUAGAGGACGUGGAGGCAGUGCAGAAGCUCCAGGAUGCGCUCCAUGAGGCCCUGCAGGACUAUGAGAGCAGCCAGCAUCAGGAGGACCCCCGGCGGGCAGGCAAGCUGCUCAUGACCCUGCCCCUGCUGCGUCAGACUGCCACCAAGGCCGUGCAGCACUUUUACAGCAUCAAGGUUCAGGGCAAGGUGCCCAUGCACAAACUCUUCCUGGAGAUGCUGGAAGCCAAGGUCUGAUGGAGGAGCAGGUGAUGCAGACAGAAGGACAUGGAGAGAGGGGACUCAGGACAGGAGAGGAACACCCUGCUGACUGUGACAGGAGACUGUGACUGACCUGUGACUGUGACUGACCUCUCGUGCUUUGCCCCCCCCCGAACCCAAGACAUUUAAAAAACAAAAUACAAAAAUAAAGAAGAACAAAUGCAAAACUUGGUUAAAAGUAUAAAUGUAAAAUGAUGCAGAUUAAUUUAAAAUAUAUUAGAAAUACUAUGUACAGUAAUAAUUUUGUUUUGUUUAUGGUCUGUGGUCAUACUGUAUGUGAAGGAUCUCCCCCUCUCUAUAUCUUCAGAAGGAAUAAUUGCAGGCUCUUAAUUAACAUGGUUUUAUUUCUAGUCAGAAUAUACAGUUGAGUCAACCACUAUGACUCACUUGUUAGACAGUUGUUUCACCUCCUGGACUUGACCAGGACAUGUAUAUAUUUAUUAAUAAUGAUUGACUGAGUGUACAGUUAUGUCUGGUGAAGCCGACGGCCAUUUUUCUCUCUUUCUCCUUCUUUGAAAAAAAAUGGAAAGAACAGAAAGUGUUACCUAAAUGUGAGCUUUACUGAUCUAAAUGUCCUUGAAUAUACCUCUUCGGAGCAGUGAGCUGUGUGAUGUGGAUUGGUCUCAGACAGGAAGAAGAUAAACUGGUCACAUGACAUGUUUAACCAAACUAGAGUAGCCAGGUAGUCAGUCGUCUUAUUCUGUAGUAACUCAGCAAUAAAGGGAGCCGUGCCGUGGACAAGUCAUGUUAAACCUCCUAUAUCAUCUGCUUCACUACGCUGCUGUCUGUCUGUCUGUCUGUCUGUCUGUCUGUCUGUCUGUCUGUCAGUCUGUCUGUCUGUCGCUAGAAGACCAUGCCCUCCCAUUUGUGUGUGAGUGUGUGUCCUGGCAAUGGACGCACCACUCACCUGUUGCACUGUAGUGUUUCUCCUCUGUAAACCCCACAUUUGGUGAUUGUUCAAGCCAAUGGAAAUUGCCUCUUGGCAACUGAGUGAAUGACCUCAUCUG